CAGUGUUCAUUUAACACUCGGGAUUUUACUGUGUACAUUUGUUUGUUUCUAAAUACACAAUGUACGUUCUCGUGCAGCUGCCAUGAACCUGGAGAAGAUCGUGUGUAAUAUCAUCUCGAUACUGCUGAAGCUCACGGUGCCGUUCCAGUGGCAGUGGUGUCAGGAGACGUGUGUGUGGUCUGUGGGAAGAGAAAGCUGUUCCGGGUCCGCUGCUGAUGGGAUGCUCCUCGCUUCUUCUCCGCCGGAGUCACGAGUAAACACGAUGCGUCUGAUCGGCGUGACGCUGCUGUCUCUGCUGUCUCUGGAGUCUCUGGCCGUCAGCAGUGUUGGCCCCAGUAACUCGUCCAGCAGCUUCUGCAGCGAGUCUAGAGAAUGUCUUCAGUUCGAUCUGCUCUGCCGGACAGACGAGUACGAGGUUCGUCGUUACUCAGCCACGCGGUGGGUCUCUUCAGACGCCGAGGCGUAUUUCCUCGGGGUCGGAGCCGCCAUGGCCUUCAGACGCCUCUAUCAUUACAUCUCUGGAGCCAAUGAAGAGGGUGUGAGGUUUGAGAUGACGGCUCCGGUGCUUGUUGAAGUCCCAGAGGAAGUGAAGAUGUGGGAACCAGCGAUCUACACGCUCAGCUUCCUGCUGCCAUCAGCCUAUCAGGAGCAUCCGCCCACUCCCACCAACGACAAGCUGUAUUUCUCUGAUAUGCCCGACAUGGAUGUGUAUGUGAGGAGUUACGGCGGCUGGAUGCUGUCAAUCACCUCCCGACUCCACGCCCACCUGCUGAGCAGAGCACUGCUGAGAGCCCACGCCCACUUUAACCACACCCACCACUACACUGUGGGCUACGACAGGUGAA